AUGAGUGAUGGCUGUGGGAAGAUGCCCCGAGCCUCCUGCGAAGUGAAAACUCGUGACCGGGAGUGUCUCGAAAUGGGAGCACAUCUAGAUAUGGAGGAUGUCAAAAUUUCACUCGGUGACCUGGAGAAGGGCUUGGAGAACACGGCUUUCAACUCCAUGGAAGAAGAGGAACUCCCUGAGGGAGCACAGAAUCCACCUCCUGAGAUCAACAGAGAGGAGAGAGCUGAACGCUCCACCUUCUGGAGGCGUGCAGCACAGCCCGGGUCGCAGGUCAGAAGGGUGUGUAAGGCUCAUGCCAAGGUGCUCCGGAAGGUCUUCCUGGGCCUCCUGUGUGCAGCAUACUUGGCCUAUUUCAUUGCGGCCUGUUGGCUGGACUUCCAGCGAGCCAUUGCCUUGGUCGUUAUUACUGCUCUGGUCAUCUUCUUUGUGGGCUGGGGGCUCAUUCAGAAACACUGUGGAGCAAAGCUGACGAAGCUUCUAAGCCCCUGUCAGAAAUGUUGCCUGAAGUCCUGGCCGUGGCUAAAAUGGGUGUUCUGGCUGGCCGUUCUGGUUGGUCUGGUCACAUGGCUGGUUCUGGACACCUCCAAAAGGCCAGAGCAGCUAAUUUCAUUUGCUGGCCUCUGCGCGUUUGUUCUAUUCCUCUUUGCCUGCUCCAAGCACCAUGCUGCAGUGCCCUGGAGAACCGUCUUCUGGGGCCUUGGCCUGGAGUUUGUUCUUGGGCUCUUUAUAAUCAGAACGGAUCCUGGAUUUGAAGCAUUCCAGUGGCUUGGCAAUCAGAUCCAGAUCUUUCUGAGUUACACCACCGCUGGCUCCAGCUUCAUCUUUGGGGACAGACUGAUCAUGGAGGCCUUUGCCUUUCAGGCUUUACCAAUUGUCGUGUUCUUCAGCUGUGUGAUGUCCAUUCUUUACUACGUUGGCCUCAUGCAGUGGGUCAUCCUGAAGAUCUCCUGGCUGCUGCAAAUCACCAUGGGUACUACGCCCACCGAGACCCUCAGUGUGGCAGGAAACAUCUUUGUAGGACAGACAGAGGCCCCGCUGCUGGUCCUCCCCUACCUGGCAGACAUGACACUCUCAGAAGUCCAUGCAGUGAUGACCGGGGGCUUCGCCACCAUUGCCGGCAGUGUGAUGGGAGCCUACAUGUCCUUUGGGAUCGACCCCUCCUCGCUGAUCGCUGCCUCUGUGAUGGCUGCGCCCUGUGCUCUCGCCAUGGCCAAGCUAGUCUACCCAGAAGUAGAAGAGUCCAAAUUCAAGAGCAAGGAAGGCGUGAAGCUUGCUAGAGGGGCUGAGCAGAAUAUCCUGGAAGCUGCCAGCAAUGGUGCCGCCACCUCCGUGGGGCUGGUCGCUAACAUUGCAGCCAACCUGAUUGCCUUCCUGGCUGUGCUGAAGUUCAUCAAUGUUGCCCUGUCCUGGUUCGGGGAGAUGGUGAACAUCAAGGGGCUCUCGUUCCAGGUAAUCUGUUCCUACAUCCUGAUGCCUGUGGCCUUCCUCAUGGGGGCAGACUGGGCAGACUCACCUCUGGUGGCCGAGCUGUUAGGCAUCAAAAUCUUCCUGAACGAGUUUGUGGCGUAUGAGCAGCUGUCAACGUACAAGAAGAACCGGCUGUCGGGGCUGGAGGAAUGGAGCGGGGAUCGCAAGCAGUGGAUUUCGAUGCGAGCUGAAAUCAUUACGACCUUUGCCCUCUGUGGAUUCGCCAAUCUCAGCUCCAUUGGGAUCACGCUGGGAGGACUGACGUCCAUGGUUCCUCAGCGGAAGAGUGAGUUUUCUAGCAUCGUGCUGCGAGCGCUGCUCACCGGGGGCUGUGUCUCCAUGCUCAACGCUUGUGUCGCAGGCAUCCUGUACGUGCCCCGAGGGGAAGUGGCUGACUGCUCUGCAUUCCUGAGCUCGGCAACCUUUAACACCACCAGCUACAACAUCUACAUGUGCUGCCGGCAGCUGUUUGCUAACACUGUGCUCAGCAACGAGACCCUGUCCUUCACCGGCAGCUGGGUGGGACUCGAGUUCAGCAUGGCCUCUCUGACACAGUGCUGCGGGCACUACAACAACACAGUCUGCGCUGGGCUGCCCUAGAGGAGAUGGGCAGCCACCCAAACCAGCACUCGUCCUUGGUGCCAGCUCCCAAAGCCCCAGUUACAGCCUGUAUGAGAGCAGGGCAUUGGCCAGGCACUGCUGGUCCAUGGCUAACUUGCUCCAGAGCACAACGGUCACAGCCCCAUUGGACUUUCCUCCUCUACUCCCUUUGGCUGCACUGCCCAGGAGCUGGGAGAUGCUGUAUUUUUGGCUCAACUCUCUACCUCCCUCUAGCCCCAUGAACCUCCCAGACGACACGGGACAGAGAACAGCCAGAUGGCUCCAGUUGGGGAUUUCCUCUGCCAGUCCCCUGGGGCUGUGCAGCUUACAGCAACCGCCCUGGGGCUAGCCCCAGAAUCAGGGAGCACCAGCAGGUUCCUGGGUGGCUCCCCAGGCUGGGCCCUGUUGACAAUCCAGGCCUUAUCUGAC